AUGAGGCCCAAUUCGGCUAUUUGCUUCCUGCUGGGCGCAGGUGCCUGCUUCAUUGUCGCACCGUUCGGCCGUUCAGAAACGAGACCUUUCAAAUCACAUAAAGGCGUCGAAUCUCUCACCAAGCUAAGGCACAUCAGUGCUCAUCAGCCGCCAUUCGGCCUCCAGAAGCAGUGGUUACGGUUUGUAGAACCAGAACUACGCGCUCAAACAGCCUUGGUAAAUGCAGACACUACACUGUCAAGCGACACGAGGGCCGGGGGUGAGCCGCCAGUAGGUCCAGCAGACGAAGGGGCGGUUGGUAAUGAAGCAUCCCUGGCGGAAGAUUUUCUUAUUGUUCCGCACACUCGAACCUACUGCGAGGGGAAGGCUAUUCAACGUGCUCAGGACGUAUCAACGGUAGGAUGA